AUGGUGGAGAAUCACAUCAAGAGAGGAGAGUUGCAGAGAGAAAGGGAAGGAGAUGGAAAGAUAAAGGAGGGGUCUGUUUUAUACGCUCUCUAUGCUUUUCGAAUUUUACCAUUCACAUUCAACUAUCCUAAGGGACAAAUGUUGGCUCGCAAGCCCGGCCAACUCUAUAGUAUGUUUUGCCAAGAUGCGUGA